UAAAACAUGUUAAGCCGCAAAAGAGAAAAGACCUCAGCUUGGUAGACAUGCGUCACAAAAAUGGUAGCUGUAGCUACGAAAUGGAUGAUCACACACAUAUAUAUAAAACACGUUUCUAUAUUUCUAUAUUCUUUCAUUACAGUUUUCUGUAUGUAUUUGAGACAUGUUUUUAAAAAUGAAAUGUUUUCAUGUGUCGCAGAGCAAAGGAGAUAGGUCGCAUAUGCACGUGUGUGCAAGAUUUUUUAGCGUCUGAUAAUAAUGGAAUUAUAGUUUGAAGUAAAGUUUUAUUGAUCACUGUUGUUGUGGAUUACGAAAUUCUGAAGAUAUAAAUUGAAAUAUGGAGCGUUAUUCUCCUCCUUCCAUUAAAUAAUCUGAAAGAUGGCGGCUUAAAGAUGGCUCCAUACUAUAUCUGUGAUCUUCCAGGAAAUACCAAUUCUAUUUACCAAUAAAUUAUCAAUUUUAUUUAAUAAAUUUAUAAAACGAGUGUUAUUUUCUUUACUUUAAUUAUUCUAAGCUUCUCGACUGCUUUAUCUAGUCUUAUAAUAACAUCUAAUUUUCUGGCAAAAAAUAUUCAUAGAUUACAAGAAAACAAGAUGGCACCUUUUUAUAACGUAUUUUGUGUUGUGGUUUUGUUACAAGGAUAUUUGGUCACACUUGUCGAAAUGUCACAUAUUCCCAAUGAUGACUGGCGAUUGGAUAAAGAUUAUGAUCCAUGGUCGUUAACCGGAACAUUCAUACAAGGCACGCCAAGACAGUGUAGCCCUCCGGAAUCUCCAAAGAACGGUCGGUGGGUAUGCAGCUACGGUUUUGGUGAAAAUGGGAGAAGUUUAUGCAUGGUGGAUUGCAAGAGAGGUCACGUGAUAAAAGACGCCCCAACAAUCUUUAAUUGCGAUAAAGGAAAAUGGAGUAUAUUUCCGUCAAAGGACCUCUCUGGUAAUGAUGUAACAAAUCUCGGGCUGGUACCUUAUGGUGACUGCAUAUCGUAUAAAGAUUUUGUUCGUAACCAACUUGAAUCGAGUGAAUGAGACAAGUAAUCGAGACGAGAGCAGGUUAAAAUAUUAUUUUUGCAGUUACAGCGGUGGAGGACAGUGAAAAGAAGAGCCAAAACAAUGUUUUAGUGUAUUUGAAAAAUAUUUUUGUGUACAAAAAGAUACCAGUAUAUGAUAAUGUAAUUUACUUAUUGAGUGUGGAUUAAAUGAUUUUUAUUUUC